AUGAUUUCUUCCACCAUUGGAUUUCUUAAAAGACAUAAGAAAAAAAUAUUUAUUACAUUAGGUAUUACAGGUGGUACAUACUUUCUUGGAAAGUUCGCAACAUGGAAAUUUUUUGAAAUGCAAGAAAAGGCUGCUUCAGAACGAACCGCUCAAGAAAACAUGAAGAAGCGAUUUCAAAAAAGGCAAAAUGACUGUAGUUUUGCGGUAUUAUCUCAGAUUCCAACAAUAACACAACAAUUAAUGGACGAAUUAGAUGUUGAAACAAUUUGCGCAAGUUUACAAAGAGAAAAAUAUAGUAAUGUGACCACAACUUCUCCAAGCGAAUCAAUUGUUUUAGUUAAUAAAAAUGAUAAUGGAGAAACUACUUCAUCAUCAGCUGUUUUGGUUGAUCGACCUAAUGAUAGUGAGAUCGCAAAAGUUACGGAAACUAUCACAGAUAUUCAAGGAGAAAAUAUUAGUGGAAAUAAUUCAAGUAAUAUAAGUCAGGGAGGUGAAACGAAUUCUCCUCUUCGUAGUCCUGUUAAUCCUUCUUCUGAGGAAGCUACUAAGAUGUCAAAACAGCAUAAACUUGAAUUAUGGACCGAAGUCAAAUUCAAAAGUUUCACAAGAACUAUUGCAGCCGUGUACCUUGAAACACUUCUUACAUUAACCACCUUCAUUCAAUUAAAUCUUUUGGGAAAAUAUAAUUAUCUUUAUUCGGUUUACUCUAUUACGGAACGUGAUAGAGAACAAUCCAUUACAAUUCAACCUGUUGAUGGAUCCAUUUUAAAUCAUGUUACAGAAAAAAAAUAUUUAACAUUUAUUGGUUGGUUCUUGAAUGAGGGAUAUAGAAAGAUCGUUGACAAAGUUUUUGCGGCAGUUGAAUCUUCCUUGUCAAGUAUGUCAUUCAAAUAUGAACUUUCAUAUCAAGAUUUUGUAUGGCUUAUAUCUGAAAUUAGAUCAAAGGUUGAAGGAGACGAUAAAAGCGAUCCUGCUAAUAGAUUCUUUAAUAUUAUGAUGCCUGAAGAUCUUUCGGAUGAAGUAUAUGUUUUGAGUGAAUAUGGAUGUAAUAUGUUUGAUGACACUAUAGAUCCCAAAUUAAGAAGGUUAUUGGAUGAAACAAAGGACUUUAUACAUAGUCGGGACUUUAACACGGUUCUUUUAGAAUGCCUUAAUUCGGCUUUUAAUUUAUUAAAUCAUGAUAUGUCGCCUCAUUUUUAUCACGACACAUUGCAAAAAGUUGAAAAGAGUAUAACACUUGUAAAGUUAUUACCAAAUAUUACAAAAGAAGCUCACGUCAUUCUUAAUGGUGUGCCAAACCGAUUUCUUGAGGUUUGUCAAUUAUUGAGAUAA